GCUGCCAUUCCCGGCGGGGCGGCGCGUCCCACCCGGUGCCUCCGGCUCGAAAGCGAAAGCGAAACCGUUCGGGGCCACACCGGGACGACGACAGCGGCAGGGAAGUGAGGGAAGCAUCGCGGAGCUGCCGCUGGAGCCGGUCCCGCACCGGGGCCAUGGCACCGCCGCUGCUGCAGCUGCUCUGCGGCACCGCCGCUCUCCUGCUGCUCCGCUCCGCCGCCGACACCGCGCACUGCAGCCGCCCCAAGGCCGUGGCCAACGCUCGCAUCGAGGUUGGGAACCGCACGGAGCUGAAUUCCCGCCUGCGCUACUCCUGCAACCCCGGAUACAAACGGAAAGCCGGGACCUCCAACCUCAUCCAGUGCAUCCUCUGGAACGGCUCCGAGCCCCGCUGGACCGACCCCACGCUCCAGUGCAUCCGAGAUCCGUCUCUUUCCUGGGAAACCCCCGGCACGGAGACCACAACCCAGAGAGGUGAGGAACAGAAUUGGGAUUGGGAUUGGGCUUGGAGCUGCCUGGGAGCAAAGUCACAGCUACCAGGGUGUGGAAACCACAACAUUCCCAUGCUGGGAUCAGAUUCACCCCAUGAGGUGAAAUCCCAGUGAAUUCUGUAGCUGUUGGACGAGGGAAUGGAAAUAACGGCGCUGCCUAUCGAUUUUGGGAAUUUAAACAUUCCCCACUCUUUUCCCAGCAGGUACCACCGGUGCCAGCCUGAAUUCCAGCCCCUCUCCAGCUUCCAGUCAGUCACCUGUGCCACCAGCACCUGAUGGGCUGUCACCAGACGGAUCCAGGCCACCAGAGAUGAUUCCAACACCGGACAC